AUUCUCAAACAAUUUGAAAGGCACCCUCUUGGGAUUUGGCUGAAUUGUGCCAGGAAUUCUAGCUAGACAUGAGCUUGUGGAGUUGUCCUAACUUGUGUUUUAAAUGCUACUAUUAGAACCGUGUAAUUGGCCCAUGAAAGGAAGCGGGUCCUGAAAGCCAUGCUUUUUACGACGGUUAAGAAAACAGGCAGGUAAAGAGAUGGGCUUAAACCGAGCGCCUUUAACAAGUUCCAUAAACAUUUUUUUUUUUAAAAAAGCUUUUGUUCCCCUCCAAACUUCGCCCAGGUCCCGGCCGGUAGGGCAGUGGAAGCAAACGGUGGUUGGUCCGCCGGGCUGUCCUUCUGGCUUCCCUGUUCCAUUGUAGCUCUGCCCAUACCUGCUGGCGGAGAGCAGCAUUCGGGGCGGAGCUUAGUCCGGGACGGAAGGCGGGGCCUCACCGACCAGACGAAGAGAAGAACUCUUGUUCCCCGGACCGGUUGUGGCGAGGCGAGGAGAGGCUGCAGGUUGCGGGGCAGGGAAGGAAAAGCCGAUCGCUCCGCCGCCCAGCCGCUACUCCGCCUUGAAGGAGGCGCGCAACGAACUUGCAACUGGCGGGGGCUCCCUCGGCGGAGAAGCAGCAGGAAAGAAACGCGAAGUAUCUCUCGCCUAGUAGAGCGGAGCCUGUGACCUUGCGCAGUGGAGGAGAGUGGCCGUUCCGAGAGAGCGAGGAGGAGGAGGAGGAGGAGGAAAGAAGCCGCGCGAGGAAGAGAAUCUGCUUUGCUGAAGGAUUCGUCCAGGAACAAAUCACAGAAAUGAUCCAGAAAGUUUAAUCCUCUCUACCUUUUUGUGAUGGAGUUGAAAGUCUGGGUAGAUGGAGUCCAGCGGAUUGUAUGUGGUGUUUCAGAUCAGACAACGUGUCAGGAAGUUGUCAUAGCACUGGCACGGGCCAUUGGUCAAACAGGCCGCUAUGUUCUCAUCCAAAGACUACGUGAGAAGGAGAGACAGCUUCUCCCACAUGAAUGUCCUGUAGAGUCUCUAUCAAAAUGUGGCCAGUAUGCUCAGGAUGUGCAAUUUAUAUUGCAACGUACUGGCCCCAGCCUCAUAGAGAGGCCUUCUUCAGACAAUGCUGCCCAGAUACCUGAGAGGACGUUUGUCAGAGCUAGCUUGCCUAUUAAACCUAGACCACUCAGUACAGAAGUACCUAGAACCAGGCAACCCAAAAAAUCUUUAACCUUCAACUUGGGUCCUAUGAAUUCAAGUGAUGCCUGUGCCAAAAACAAGCUGAGACAGCCCAGAAAGGACCCGAUGUGUGUUAGAGAUGGAGCCAGAGGGGGGAUACUUUCUAAAGAGGAGCUAUUCAAGACUGUCCUACACCAACAGGAGCAUCUCUGCACCCUGGAGAUGCAAGGUGAUGCCUUGGAAAUGGACAUCAGGCAUUGGGAAUGCAGUCAAGGUUCUUAUCGGGAGGAUGAGAUUUUGCAUCUGGAACAGCUGAUCCACCAAAAUGAGAGCCAGCUGAGUGAGGAAGAAUUUUGGCAGAAUGAGCUACAAUCAGAAAAGGAGCAUGAAAGGGAGCGGCGGGAGAAAGUGCACAGCCUGAGAGCCACAAUGGAGGAGUACACCAAAAAAAUCCAUGAGCUUAUGGUAAAAACAGAGACCUUGGAAAGAGAAAUCCAGUGGGAAAUGGCUGAGAGAGCCAAGAAGACCAAGGAAACAUCUACCCAGAAUCCUACUGAGCUAGAGGGGAUAGCAGCUAAAAUAAAGAGAGAUCUGGAAGCCAAGGCCAAGCAAACUGCCCAGCUUGAAAGCAGCCUGGAUACAGUGGGGAAGGCCUUGGAGGAAGCAGAGUACAAUCUGCAGGCCCAGAACCAAGAGCUGGAGGAAUUGAAUAAGGAACUCAGGCAAUGUAAUUUACAACAAUUCAUCCAGCAGACAGGAGCCAUGGUGACUACUCCACAGGCCAGAUCAGAGGCAGAAUCGCAGCUGGAUCAAAUUAGCCAAGAGUUGGCAACUCACCAGAGAAAUGGAGAUUGGUUGGAACUCGACCGAAACUCACCUCCCAGACCUACAGCCAAGCAUUUCCUCGGCAAUCCACGGAACCUCCAGAAUCCCCUGGUGUCCAGCUUGAACCCCGAGGUUGUAUCAGCAAAGCAGAGCAUCUGGAGGUAAAAAGGCCAGCCGAGGAGGACUGAUAGUUUUGCAAAUAUAACAGAUAUACAGAUAAAACUCUUACACAUGUAUAUUUCCCUUCUUAGAUGGAUAUAGAUGGUUGUGCAGAAUAUUUUUACAGGCUUUUUUUUUUUAAGUAAAAAAGAUCUUUGGAGGAAGCAGACUGCUUGUAUUUUUUUUUUAAUGUGCCUGUUAUAAUUUCAAAUGAAAAAACUGGAACAGUUUUGUUGAAAAUGUAUAUAAGACUCCAUUCUAUAGACAAUGCUUUGGACUGAAUAGCAUUUGCUUCGGAGAACUGAAGAAUCAGCUGUGUUGGAGAACUGUUCAAGGCAGAAAACAGCAAAUCUCUAGAUCCAUUCAGCUACCCAACAAAGGAGGUGUGCAUUACCAAACGGAUUUCUUUACUGAACUCUAUCAAUGCACUGGAGCAUUUCUUAUGGAUGAUUAUUUUUUUUUUGUUGGAUAAUGAUUAUAUUUCGUAAAGUAAACAGGUUUUUUUUAUUUUAUUUUAAAUUUGAUGAGAGAGAAAUUAUUCCACUCCUGAUAAGAAUAUAAAAACAUGAAAUACUGCUCUGGGACAGAAGUUUUUGUGACCAUCCACAGAUGCCUUUUACGGUGUGGUUGAUCCUGAGUCACACUUUUAUAUAUUUAAAAAAACCCUUCAGAUCUGGUAAAAGAUAGGAUCAAGGUGCUUAGUCCUGUCUUGCCAUUUGUGUCUCAUGCCAAGUAUUUUGUCAUCCAGUGUUGUAUGAUGUAAUUUUGCAUAUAAAUUGCUUCAGCAUAAAAAUGUGUAUUCUCUUCUCACAUAAUAAUUCUGGAAUCUAGACUAUUCUAAAACCCAAGAUAUAAAAAUAAAAUUUUCCAAGUGAACGAAUUCUUGGUACUUGCAUACAGUGGGAAAUAAAUGUGUUCCAACGGAAGCCAGUCACAAGAAGAACUGUCUUCAAAUUAAGAGCAACUGACACUUGGAUUUGUCUGUGGGUCUUUCUUCUUUUCAGAGCAGCUUCUGCUGGGUUGGUUAAUUGUUCUGAGUUGCACAAGAGAAUGGCCGAUGCAGAGAUGGUGCAACAGAACCGCAGUACAUUAUGGUCUCCACAGAGGAUGAGCAAUUCGGAACUUUUCAGGUGUUUUGGACUAUAAGUCUCCUCAACUGCUACCAUGACAAAAAAUAGGAGAUGGAUGGGAAUUGCAGUCCAUCCUGAAAUGUGAAGCUUGUCUAUCCCCAAUCAGUCUUUUGGCAAAAGCCUGAAUAGCAUUUGAAAGGUAUUUCUUGUUAAUAAGAUACUUACUUUGAUUUAAGGAUAGAGAACCAAUAUUGCUACCUCUGUUCCUCUGACUAGCUGCAGCUAAUUUGGCUCCAUUUAAUUCACUAUGUAUUUAAUUCACUAUGUAUUGGAACCUGAUUUGAGGAUUUCAAAGGACACGAGGCAGGAGAAGUCUGAAAGAAGCAACAAAAAGCAAGGAAAACAUACCCUUCUCUUUCAUUCCCAGGAGCAACUUAGCUUUAUAAUACAAUUUGUGUUGCCGUUGGACAUAGUGUAAGGAAAGGAAAGAGGCCAUGUGCAUGCCCGAACAAAUCUGAGAUGGCCACUGCCCAAAAUUACAUAUGUUGUCCUCUGAUUAUUACUUUCUGGCUGCUUUCAAUAGCUUCUUCCUUUGUUGGUUGUAUUUGGCCACUCUCAGAAUAGACACAGAAGCUAUAUGAAUACUGAUGUGGAUAUGUUGAACUUUGAUUAAUCUGUGGAACAGCUAAAGUGAUCUUUAGUGGAACACUAAACGAGCCAGAUUAUUCUCCAGAUAUACCAUCUGUGCCAGUACAACCAUUUUUGAGGUAGUUACCCAAGGGGGGGAAAAUCCUUAAUAUUUUUUAAAAGUGCUCUUCCCAGGUAGGCUAACAAUCAGUUUUGGACAGAGAAUCAAACCAUUCUUUGUUUCCAAACUUGUGUGCCAUUUUUGUACAAUUCAGAACUUAUUAUUUAAUACUUUCUAUAAACUGACACUCAUUCAGUAAAAAUGAGCCGAUUUUUUUUUAAGUUAAAGAACUUUCGACAAGGUUUUUUUUAAAGAAAAAAACCUAGAUUUUCUUUUUCCUUUAAGUGCUUACAUUUUUAAAGGCAAGUGGUGUUUGUGUUACCACUUUUAAAUGACGUCUGGAACACGAUUAGAAUGGGAAAAAAUGACAUUAUUGCACUUAACUCAGUAAUUAACAUUUUGCUACCAUCUUAACUUGCAAAAUCAGUUUACUUCUAAAUACUAAACAGCAUUAUGACAGUAGCGCAAGGGAGUUGCAUUAAUGUAACCAACUAAAAACCCUGACAUUUUACUGAGCUGUGUUCUGUGUAACCUAAUUGUGUCUCACUGAUAGUAGACAAAGUUAACGCCAUGUUUUGAAAUGGGCAGCACAGACUCUUAAUAACUGCAGAUUACUGAACUAAGAAAGUAAUUCCUGGUAGCAUUUCUUGCCGAUCUCUCCACUUGGCCAGUACAUUUGGGAGGGUUUGUAUGUAUUUGUUGCUCACGGCUGAUGUAUGACCAAGAAAAGCAAAUGUAUGCAUGAAAGCCUGGGGGACUGUCUGGGGAAACACAAAUAGCCUUGGAAUCCCUGAAUUUAUUUUUCAAUGUUUGAUGUAUAUCAUGUAUAUGAAAUACGAUUUACCUGCUUAAAAAGUGGGGGGAGAGCGUUCCAUGUAAGAAUGUAUAUAUCUCAUGAACUAAUGAUAUUUUCUGGAUUGAGAUUGUAAUAAAAUAUUGGAAAGUGUU